UGCUCAUCAACUGGCUGAAUAGAUCACAUUUCAUACAAAGGAGGUGUCUCAUAUGUUUCCAUCCUGAUGAGUUUUUCUUCUGUUUCUUUCUCCAAACAGAUUGUGAAGAACAGAAACCGUCGCCAUGUCUGAAAAAAAGAUGACUUCAAGCCGCAGGCAUCAUCUGAAGAGUUUGAUGCUGCAGAUCGCGGCGAACUGGAUUGAAAAGGAGAAACAGGAAAUUGCAACCUCUAAGCAGACCUACAUGGCAGAGAAAUGCCCCCCUCCUGCGCUGAGUGGAGACCAGGCAACUCUCAUGGAAACCUGCAAAAAGUUGCACGCCCUCAUCGACAAAAUUGAUGAAGAGAGGUACGACCUGGAGAUCAAAGUGGGCAAGACUGAUAAAGAGAUCGAUGACCUGAAAAUCAAAGUGGUCGACCUGGCCGGAGUGAAGAAGCCUGCUCUGAAGAAAGUGCGCAUGUCCGCCGAUGCCAUGCUGAAAGCUCUGCUGGGCUCCAAACACACAGUUAACCUGGACCUCAGGGCCAACCUGAAGCAGGUCAAGAAGGAGGUGAAAGAGGAGCCUGCAGAGGCGGUGGGCGACUGGCGUAAGAACAUUGAGGACAAGGCUGACAGGAAGAAGAUGUUCGAGGCCUCCUAAAGAACUGCUCGCUGCUCUCGUAGCUGUUCUGGGAUGAUUGCACUUUUUAUGGAAUUUCUGGCAUUGCUCAUUGAAUUGAAAAACCCCUUUUCUCAUUAAAUUUGUAAGUUUCAGCCUGCUUUGUUAUUGUACAUUUGUAUAACUUUAUAAAAC